AUGACCAAAGCCUAUGAUAGGGUGGAGUGGUAUUUUUUGCAAGCAAUGAUGCAGAAGAUGGGUUUUUGUACAAAAUGGAUCAAUCGGAUCACUAGCUGCAUGAAAACUGUCACCUACUCCUUCAAUUGCAAUGGGGAAACUAAAGGCAUUGUAACACCAGGUUUUUCAAAUCUAUUGAGGAAAGCUGAAGAGAGGAAUGAGAUAAAAGGCUUGAGGAUCAGCAGGCAAGGGCCUAUCAUCACACACAUUUUCUUUGCAGAUGAUUCCCUCAUUUUUUGUAAAACUAACAUGCAACAGGCCAAUGAAAUCAUGAAGAUCCUCAAAACCUAUGAAGAGGCUUUAGGGCAACUGAUCAACCUUGACAGAUCUUCUGUCUUUUUUAGUAAGAACAUGCCCCUGGGGCAAAGGAAAGAAGUGUGCAGCUCAUUGGGAGGGAGGACAAAGGACCAGAUUUUUGGUUUCAUCAGAGAAAACAUAAAACGAAAGCUUCAGGAUUGGAGGAACAAGCUACUAAGCACAGCAGGCAAAGAAGUAAUACUAAAAGCAGUCUCUAUGUCAAUGCCUACUUAUGCCAUGUCUUGCUUUAAACUGCCAAGGAAGCUAUGUAAAGAUAUUAGUGCACUGAAGGCCAAUUACUGGUGGGGAGAAACAAAUGGUAAAAACAAAAUGCAUUGGUUGUCUUGGAGGAAAAUGUUAAUGAAGAGAAAUGAAGGAGGGCUGGUAUUCAAGGACCUAGAAGCUUUCAAUAAAGCAUUGUUGGGUAAGUAG